UACCGACCUGAAAAAAGAUCAGAGUGUUUCUUACGCUCUCUGCAAUUUGCUGCGGCAAACAUGAGAGCUACAUUGAAUUCAAUCUUCACGGAUAAUAAAGUUAGUUGCUACAAGAAGAUCUUCGUUUAUUAAUAAAUAGCUUAUCAAGUUAUUUACGAGUGGAGGCGGAUAGGAAAAUCCCUCUCUGAUAGAGAACGCUAAAAUCAGUGUUGAAUUUCUAAGCCGGUAUGGUAGUCACGAAAUAACCUCGCCAUGACAAAAUGCAAUAUCGACAAUAGGUAUAGCACAAUACUGUCAUCGCCUGGCGAAAUGCGAAAUUACAGUAUACAUCUAAUAACAAUUUGUUAUUGCAAAAAUAUAACCUAUUUAUGUACGUUAUCUAAUUUAAUGAUUAUAAAAUAUAUGAUAAUUAUACUUAACAAUAUCACAUUGACACCAUUUGUUAUUUUAAAACAUAUUAAAUUUGUAUGUUUAUACUACCAGAAUGCUACAUAUUAGUUCACGUAACGUUUCACAGAUUAUAGUAAACAUAACCAAAAAAUUGCCUUGUUUAGUAUAUUGUUUAAUGUUUAAACACACAUGUUAAAAGAAUAUUUUAUAGCAAAUUAAUAUAUUCGUAGGUAAAAUUUUAGUAACCAUAUUAAGAUAUUAGAUAGAAAAUACAACUAUUUUUAUACUUUCGAUUAUAUGAAAUUCUUAAUUGAAUAUUUUUGAGGUCUAAGAAUUGUGUAUUUUUAUAUAACAUGGAACAGUGUGUAAAAAAACCAAAAUUAGAUACAAGUAUAAAGGAAGGAGAGGCAGAAAUUUUAGUUGACAAUACAAACGUAUUUUAUAAUCCUGUUCAAGAAUUUAACAGGGAUCUUAGCGUAGCUGUGUUAACAACUUACAUAAAACAUAAAAAGAAGCAACCAACAGAGACAGACACGGAAAAACAAGAUGGAAUUGUCAUGUUGGAAGCUUUAUCUGCUACUGGUUUACGUAGCAUUCGAUAUGCCAAAGAAGUGAAAGGCAUAAAACAAAUCGUAGCCAAUGAUAUUUCUGCAAAGGCAGUUGAAAGCAUUAAAAAUAAUAUACAACACAAUGGAGUUGAAAAUCUUAUAAAACCAAGUCAUGAAGAUGCAACAUUGCUCAUGUAUCAAAGUAGAAAGGACAAGUUUGAUGUAAUAGAUUUAGAUCCAUAUGGUUGUCCUACAAUGUUUCUGGAUGGCGCGGUACAAUGUGUAUCAGACGAUGGACUGCUUAUGAUCACAGCUACAGAUAUGGCAGUAUUAGCUGGUAACUCCCCUGAAACUUGUUAUCUUAAAUAUGGAGCUAUCUCUUUGAAAUCUAAAGCAUGCCAUGAAAUGGCAUUAAGAAUAUUAUUGCAAAGUAUUGCUUCGCACGCAGGACGAUAUGGUAGAUACAUAGUACCAGUACUUUCUGUAAGUGCUGAUUUUUAUAUAAGAGUAUUUGUUAAAGUAUUUUCCAGUCAAAUUAAAUGUAAAGAGAAUGCAACUAAAAUUGGAAUGGUAUACCAAUGCACAGGUUGCGAAAGCAUCAACACUCAACCAUUAUGUUAUAAGAAGCCUACUGGAGGCUAUAAAUUAGCAUCUUUACCUUAUGUGGAUCAACUUUGUAAAAUCUGCCAGCAUAGGCAACAUGAAGGGGGACCGAUAUGGUUAGGUCCUUUGCAUGACCAACAUUUUGUAUCUAAUCUUCUAUGUAAUUUAGACGAAAUGAAGUUGGCAACAUUAAAAAGGAUAGAAGGAGUUUUAAAUGUUAUUCGCGAAGAAUUAGACGUUCCAUUAUAUUAUACUCUUAGUCGUUUAAUGUCUACAAUCAAAUGUAUUACACCGUCGAUGUUAACAUUUCGAUCUGCAUUAUUAAAUGCAGGAUAUUGUGUAUCGUAUUCACAUGCCUGCAAAACAUCUGUAAAGACGGAUGCUCCAAAUGAAGUUAUAUGGGAUAUUGUACGUGCAUGGGAAAAAAAUAAUUCCGUGAAAAGAGAUAAACUAUCAAAUGAUAGUCCCGCGAUAAGAAUAUUAAAGACACCAACGACAACGAACGUUUCGUUUGAUAUACAUCCUCUGGCCAAUCCAUUAUCUAGGCAAAACAAGCUAACGCGAUUUCAACAAAAUCCUACGAUCAACUGGGGCCCUGGUACACGUGCAAGAACAAGAAUAGACUUAGAAAAUGGAGUAGAAAAUUCGAAAAAGAUAAGAAAUCAAAAUAAAAAUUCCAGAAAAGAGAAACCACGAUCAACAAACUACACUGAGAAAAUAAAGCCUUUAUAAAGAUAUUUAUAUCUAUUCUUGUACCUAUACUGUAAAUUUUCAUUAAAAAUACAAGUGUAUAUAAACGAAUACUCAGUCAUUAAAUUUUUUCAUUGACAAAACAUACAUGUAACGUGUUUUGUAACACCUAUAAAAUUGUAUAUACAAAUAUAUUGAUAAUUUAAAAUUCAA